UCGGCGCCGGGGACUGUGGGGGAACUGCGCCCGCAGCCGCCGGCCGUGCGGCCGGACGAGGGGGCGAUGGAGCUGGAGCCCGAGCUGCUGCUGCAGGAGGCCCGGGAGAACGUGGAGGCGGCGCAGAGCUAUCGGCGGGAGCUGGGCCAGAGGCUGCAGGGGUUGCGGGAGGCGCGGAGGCAGAUCAAAGAGAGUGCAUCACAGACAAGAGAUGUCCUCAAACAGCAUUUUAAUGAUUUAAAGGGAACCCUUGGGAAGCUCCUGGAUGAGCGAUUGGUGACCCUUUUGCAAGAGGUGGACACGAUUGAACAGGAAACCAUUAAACCUCUAGAUGACUGCCAGAAGCUCAUAGAGCACGGAGUUAAUACUGCAGAGGACUUAGUCCAAGAAGGGGAGAUUGCCAUUCUUGGUGGUGUAGGAGAACAGAAUGAAAAACUGUGGAACUUUACCAAAAAGGCCUCACACAUUCAGUUGGACAGCUUACCAGAAGUGCCUUUACUGGUUGAUGUGCCUUGUUUGUCCGCUCAGUUGGAUGACUCAAUUCUGAACAUAGUGAAAGACCACAUUUUCAAGCAUGGAACAGUAGCAUCUCGCCCACCAGUCCAGAUCGAAGAGCUAAUAGAGAAACCAGGAGGCAUCAUUGUUCGAUGGUGUAAGGUGGAUGACGACUUCACGGCACAGGAUUACAGGCUGCAGUUCCGCAAGUGCACUUCCAAUCAUUUUGAGGAUGUAUAUGUAGGCUCUGAAACCGAGUUCAUAGUGUUGCACAUAGACCCCAACGUUGAUUAUCAGUUCAGAGUCUGCGCCCGAGGAGAUGGCCGGCAGGAGUGGAGUCCUUGGAGCGUCCCCCAGAUGGGUCACUCCACGUUGGUGCCUCAUGAGUGGACAGCUGGCUUCGAGGGGUACAGCCUGAGUAGUCGAAGAAAUAUAGCCCUCCGGAAUGAUUCUGAGUCCUCAGGUGUGCUCUACUCCAGCGCUCCAACUUAUUUCUGUGGGCAGACGUUGACAUUCAGAGUUGAAACCGUGGGGCAGCCAGACAGAAGAGACAGUAUAGGAGUGUGUGCAGAAAAACAGAAUGGAUACGACUCUCUGCAGCGGGACCAAGCCGUGUGCAUCAGUACAAAUGGUGCAGUUUUUGUAAAUGGAAAAGAAAUGACUAAUCAGUUGCCAGCAGUUACUUCUGGGUCCACUGUCACAUUUGACAUUGAAGCUGUAACUCUAGGAUCCACCAAUAAUAACGAAGGAGGAAACUUCAAGCUUCGAGUAACUAUUAGCUCAAAUAACAGAGAGGUGGUUUUUGAUUGGUUACUUGAGCAGUCUUGUGGUUCUCUUUAUUUUGGUUGUUCGUUUUUCUAUCCUGGAUGGAAAGUGUUGGUAUUCUAGAUUUUUGGGUGAUUGGUUUUGGUUUUGCAGGGUUUUAAAUGUAGCUGUCGUCAGCUGAGUUUAAUUGUAAUUGGUUCCAAAAAAAUUGUUAGAUUCAUCUCUCAUUUAAGCCAUUGGAAAUGGAACUUGUUGACUGGAUUUAUUUUGGAGUAUUUUAGCGGUAAGAGAUUUGACUAUUGUGGACAAAAUUGUAGUGCAGUCAGUCUUGUAGCGUAGUGUUAAUUGAAAUAUCAGCAUCAUGAUAAAAAUGAAAUUGGCUUUUAAAGUAUGAGGAGAUACAGGAAGCCCAACACCCUUCCACUGUGUACUUCUUAAAAAGUUGAUUAUUAAAACAGAAAAACUUAAUGUAACAUUAUCUUAUUAAAUUUCUAUCUUUUUUAAGGAUCCCAGGCCAUGUAACACUUUAGGAUCAAAGAGUAGGACUAGAGCAGCAGAAGCUGGAGUUCUGUAACUUACAAUCACUU